UUCCACUUCUGACCCCGGCGUUCGCUCAGCUGACGGCCCCGCCCCUACCUUCCACCCAUCACGUGAGCGGCCGCGGAGGCUGCCGGGAUCGGGCUGUAGUCUCGGUUCGGGCUCAAUAUGGCGGCUCUGGGCGAGCGCUGAGGAGCCGGCGGGGUAGAUUUGGUGGCGCUGGGAGUGCGUGCGGCCCUGUCCCGGCCGGAGCGCGUUAGCCGGUUCGCGGCUGAGGGAGGCGGCGGCGGGAGAACGGCUGCGGAGCGGCGCGGGGCCUGCGGCGGGGAGAUGGCCCAGUGCGUGCAGUCGGUGCAGGAGUUCAUCCAGGACUCGUUCGUGCCCUUGGUGGCCGCGCUGUGCAGCGAGGAGGCGGAGAGACUCACCCGCAAGAACAACCUGGGCUUCUCCGAGCUGGUGAAGCCCUUCUGCCGCCUCACCUCGGAAGUUCACAUGAGAGAUCCUAACAACCAGCUUCACGUAAUUAAAAACUUGAAAAUUGCUGUCAACAAUAUUAUUACCCACUCACCUCAGCCAGGAGGCAUUCGGAAGCUUCUACAUGAUGUUGUAUCUGUCAGUCAACCAGCAGAAGGAUUAGUAACUAAUGUGAUUACUGCAGGAGAUUAUGAUCUCAACAUAAGUGAUCGCUCAGUUAAAGCUAGUGUUCCUUGGUACAAUAAUUGGAAAGACACACUGAUGGAACUGAACACAUCCACGUUUUAUUCAGCUACUACUCCGUGGUUUGAGGCUUACAGAGAGAGCUUUCUUCAGUCCAUGCCUGCAUCAGAUCAUGAAUUCCUAAACCACUAUGUAGCAUGUAUGCUUGUAGUUUCUUCUGGUGAGCCUGAACCUGUGGAGCAAUUUCUGAAGCUGUCACAAGAGCAGCAUAGAAUUCAGCACAGCAGUGAAUAUGCAUAUCCAAAAUGGUUUAUACCAAACACACUCAAAUAUUAUGUAUUGCUACAUGAUGUAAGUGCAGGAGAGGAACAAAGAGCUGACUCAGUAUAUGAAGAAAUGAAACAGAGAUAUGGAACUCAGGGUUGCUAUUUACUUAAAAUAAAUUCUCGAGGAUCUAACAGGGGAGCAGAUGAACAAAUACCAGAUCCUUGGAGUCAGUAUCUCCAGAAAAACAGUAUCCAAAACCAGGAAUCUUAUGAUGAUGGUCCAUAUACUGUAAUUUCAAAUAAGAAUGCUGACCAGUUAAUAUCAGAUGGCUUAGAUAAUGACAUCCAAGUAGAUGGUUUAUCAAAUAACUUUAAGGCUCACCCUCUUCAACUGGAUCAUCUAAGUGAUACUAGUAGCAGUUUUGAUGGCACUGAUUACAUAAAGACUACUUCAUCACUGCAUGAAUCAAAGAAGACAAGUUCUGGGACUCCUCAUGGUGCAUGUUUAACGCUCACAGAUCAUGAUCGAAUUAGACAAUUCAUACAGGAGUUCACGUUUAGGGGGCUUUUGCCACAUAUAGAGAAAACAAUUCGACAGCUUAAUGAUCAGUUAAUAUCCAGGAAAGGUUUGAGUCGAUCACUAUUUUCUGCAACAAAAAAAUGGUUUAGUGGCAGUAAAGUUCCAGAGAAAAGCAUAAAUGAGCUGAAAAAUACAUCUGGCUUAUUGUAUCCCCCAGAAGCACCAGAACUUCAAAUCAGGAAAAUGGCAGACUUGUGUUUCUUGGUCCAACACUAUGAACUGGCAUAUAGCUGCUAUCAUACAGCAAAGAAAGACUUUUUGAAUGAUCAAGCAAUGCUUUAUGCAGCUGGAGCACUGGAAAUGGCAGCAGUAUCAGCUUUUCUUCAGCCUGGGGCGCCUAGACCGUACCCUGCUCAUUAUAUGGAUACAGCAAUUCAAACAUAUAGGGAUAUCUGCAAGAACAUGGUGCUGGCUGAGAGAUGUGUGCUGCUUAGUGCUGAAAUUUUAAAAAGCCAGAGCAAAUAUUCAGACGCUGCUGCUCUUCUGAUACGAUUAACCAGUGAGGAUUCUGAUCUUCGCAGUGCACUUCUGUUGGAGCAGGCUGCACAUUGCUUUAUAAACAUGAAAAGUCCUAUGGUUAGAAAGUUUGCCUUUCAUAUGAUAUUGGCUGGCCAUAGGUAUAGCAAAGCAGGACAGAAGAAACAUGCCCUGCGUUGCUAUUGUCAAGCCAUGCAAGUUUACAAAGGGAAAGGUUGGUCUCUUGCAGAGGAUCAUAUUAACUUCACAAUUGGUCGUCAGUCUUUUACACUUCGUCAGCUUGAUAAUGCUGUGUCUGCCUUCCGGCAUAUUUUGAUCAAUGACAGCAAACAACCUGCUGCUCAACAAGGGACCUUCCUCAGAGAAUACCUUUAUGUUUACAAGAAUGUAACUCAGCUGUCACCCGAUGGCCCUUUACCACAGCUUCCUUUACCAUAUAUUAACAAUUCUGCAACACGAGUAUUCUUUGGACAUGAUCGACGACCAGCAGAAGGUGAAAAGCAGGCAGCCACACAUAUAAGUCUUGAUCAGGAAUAUGAUUGUGAAUCUUCUCACCAAUGGAAGGAGCUUGAAGAACAGGUUGUGGCUGUGGUUAACAAAGGAAUAAUACCAUCAAACUUUCAACCGACGCAGUAUUGUUUGAACAGCUUUUCAGAUAACUCCAAGUUUCCACUUGCUGUAGUAGAAGAACCAGUAACAGUGGAAGUAGCCUUUAGAAACCCAUUGAAGGUUCCACUUUUGUUGACUGAUUUAUCAUUGCUUUGGAAAUUCCAACCUAAAGAUUUCAGUGCAAAGCAUAACGGAGCAACAAAAGAGUUGGCAUGUGGAAAUGACAUGAUAGGAGCUGAAGUAAUAGCUGAGUUCUUAAUUAAUAGCGAAGAGACAAAAAUGGCAAGACUAAAGCUCUUUCCCCAUCAAACAGGGGAGCUACAUAUUCUGGGAGUCGUUUACAAUCUUGGCACUAUUCAGGGUACUAUGAUGAUAGAUGGGAUUGAUCCUUCUAUUGGAUUGCAAGCAGGAAAGUUUGUCUAUAAUGGGAUGUCUGUACGAGGACGACAGGACUUAGAAAUUCAGGGCCCUCGACUUAAUAAUACAAAAGAAGAAAAAACAUCCAUUAAAUAUGGACCAGAUCGACGUUUGGAUCCUAUUAUAACUGAGGAAAUGCCCUUGUUGGAGGUAUUCUUUAUAAAUUUUCCUACAGGGCUGCUCUGUGGAGAAAUCAGAAAAGCAUAUGUAGAAUUUGUGAAUGUGAGCAAGUGUCCUCUUACUGCAUUGAAGGUUGUAUCAAAACAUCCAGAAUUUUUUACUUUUGGUGGAAAUACUGCUGUUCUAACACCACAGAGUCCAUCAGCUUCGGAAAACUGUAGUGCUUAUAAGACUGUUGUGACAGAUUCUACCUCUGUAUGCACAGCACUGAUGUCAUCAGCUUCUUCUGUAAACUUUGGGCUUGGCACAGGAAGUCAGCCAGAGGUGAUACAUGUCCCACUUCCUGACUCUGUCCUCCUUCCUGGGGCUUCAAUCCAGCUGCCAAUGUGGUUACAUGGACCAGAUGAAGAAGGGGUUCAUGAAAUAAACUUUUUAUUUUACUAUGAAAGUAUUAAAAAACACUCAAAAAUGUGUCAUAGAGUAUUAAGACACACUGCAGUUAUUUGUACCAGCCGAUCUUUGAAUGUUCGAGCUACUGUCUGUAGAAGUAAUGCCCUUGAGGAUGAAGGCAAAGGGGACAAUAUGCUGGUGUUUGUGGAUGUGGAAAAUAUCAAUACUAGUGAAGCUGGUGUUAAAGAAUUUCAUAUAGUACAAGUAUCAAGUAACAGCAAACACUGGAAGUUACAGAAAUCUGUAAAUCGCUCUGAAGACAAAGAUUAUAAGCUUGCCAGUAGAGAGAGAGGAAAGCUAUGCUUUAAAGCAGUAAGAUGCAAAAACUCUGGAGAAAAUUACACAUUUGCAGACGUUAUCUUUGGAAAUGAGCAGAUAAUCAGUUCAGCUAGUCCGUGUGCAGACUUUUUUUUCCGAAGCUUAUCCUCUGAAUUAAAAAGAACACACACACAAUCAAAUAUGUUUCAAGGAGCUGCAAAACAGUCAUUUGAUGAGGCAGUCAGAUUGAUACAAAAAUGUAGUGAGGUGGAUUUGAAUAUUGUUGUUCUCUGGAAGGCAUAUGUUGUGGAAGACAACAAGCAGCUUAUUUUAGAAGGCCAGCAUCAUGUUGUUCUUCAUACAGUAGGGAAGGAGGCUUUUUCCUUUCCUCAAAAGCAGGGUUUUAAAAAAAUACUCGGGAAUUCUGAUUGGGAGGACUUGGAACAGGAAUCACCAGAAAUGGUUCUCUUAAAGUUUUUUCGACCAGAAAACACUUCACUACCCACAAGACCAACACCAGAACAGCUUUCUAACCUUAUCAAGACUAGUCUUCAUUAUCCAGAGUCCUUUAAUCACUCAUUUCAUCAAAAAAGCCUUUGUUUAGUACCUGUCACUCUUCUACUUUCCAAUUGUUCUGAGGCUGAUGUUGAUGUAAUAAUUGACUUGCGGCAUAAAACAACAAGUCCAGAAGCACUAGAAAUCCAUGGUUCUUUCACGUGGCUUGGGCAAACACAGUACAAACUUCAGCUUAAAAGCCAAGAGGUCUACAACUUGCAGUUGAAAGCUUGCUUUGUUCGUACAGGAGUCUAUAAUCUUGGAACUCACAGAGUAUUUGCCAAGUUAGCUGACCAAGUUACUUUGUUUGAAACAAGUCAGCAGAAUUCCAUGCCAGCACUGAUCAUCAUCAAUAACAUUUGACCACUUACUAAAAGAUCAUACUAAAAACCAAAAGAAUCUGAUUUUUCUUAUUCUGCGGAUUGACAUUUAUUCCAGUUUUGGAAUGUGUUACCCCAACAUAUAACUUGUUACAAACUAUUGUGUAGGAGACAAUAGCAAAAUAUUCAGACUACUUGCCAUUUUGUUUCUUAAUGCAAAGCACGUUGGACAGAAAAUGCAUAUAUCCUUUUUAAUGUCUCUUGCAUCUCUGGUAAUUUAUACUCAUAACACUGAACUAAAAUACUCCUUAUAAAACUGUUCGAAUUAACUUGUGUAUCCCAGGCCCUGUCCAAAUAAUAAUAAUAAUAAAGCAGCUUGACUGCUGUUACAACUUCCAGCAUGAUGUUUUAAAUAUAUUUUGUGGCUAUAUUAAAAGACAGUUCAGAAGACAACCCUUGUUGUCUUUUUUCCUGACUUAAGCCAUUAUUCGUCAGAAAUGCCAGCCUUACUGUGAAGUUUGAUAGGUUGUUAAAUACAGUUUAUGCUGGGGGGGGAGGGGUUGUUUGGUUGUUUUUUUCCCCACUUUUCAGUUUUUAAAAUUAGUUUGGGGCUUUGUUAUUGUGUCCUCAUGUUCUGAUAGCCAGUGAUCCUUAUGGCUUACACACAACUUCACCGAAGAUGUUCUGAAAAUAAUUUUGAAACCAGUUUGACUGUUUUCUCAUUCAUCUCAGUACAGAAUGCACUAUUCCACAACCAUGAGAUUGUCAUUUAAAUUGUCAUUCACUUUAUUAUGUAACUAUAACAAUUGAGUUGAUCUGUUUUAAAAAAAAAUCUACUCAAGUUAAUUAAGCUUUUCAAGAAAUGUAUUAUAUUUAUAACAAAUGUACUGUAAAUAGAAUAAAACAUACACCAUAUUCACUGUA